AUGCCUGUGAGAAAAUCGCAAAAAAUCGAGGCCCAAGUGGUGGAGGCCAUCCGCAAGCUACAGGCUGUUCAAGGAUCCACUCCACGAGAAAUUAGCAACUACAUUGCCCAGGAGUACGAUAUCGCUGACUCGGAAAUUAGGCGGCACGUUCAACUUGCCCUGAAGCGUGGCUUGGUUUAUGGGAUUCUUCAACGUUUGAAGGGAGGAUGCUACACGUACAACCGAGACAUCUUCAAUUGCGUAAACUCCGGGGACGCGGUGGAGAUCCCCUAUGGGCGCCGAAAGAGAAGAAGAAGAGGAUCCUCGAGAAGAAGAAGAAGAAGAAGAGGAAGAUCAGGGAGGAGACGCAGGGGUCGUCGUAGAUCGGGUAGGCGCAAAUCACGGAAGAGAAGAUCGAGGAGGAGGCGAUCGAGGGGUCGAAGACGAAGCAAACGUAGGAGGAGGGCAGAGUUUCCCAAGGAAAUCGACGAGCUACAAUUGUCCACGUUGGACAAACAGCCAACAAAGAGCAAUAGCCUUCUGGGAAAAGACGGCCCAGAGAGCAAUCAUUCUACAAUCUCUGGACAAUCCGAAGAGAAGCAAGAAUGA